AUGCUGGAUCUCCAGUGUGGGACCCCAGGGAUGCUGGAUCUCCAGUGUGGGACCCCAGGGAUGCUGGAUCUCCAGUGUGGGACCCCAGGGAUGCUGGAUCUCCAGUGUGGGACCCCAGGGAUGCUGGAUCUCCAGUGUGGGACCCCAGGGAUGCUGGAUCUCCAGUGUGGGACCCCAGGGAUGCUGGAUCUCCAGUGUGGGACCCCAGGGAUGCUGGAUCUCCAGUGUGGGACCCCAGGGAUGCUGGAUCUCCAGUGUGGGACCCCAGGGAUGCUGGAUCUCCAGUGUGGGACCCCAGGGAUGCUGGAUCUCCAGUGUGGGACCCCAGGGAUGCUGGAUCUCCAGUGUGGGACCCCAGGGAUGCUGGAUCUCCAGUGUGGGACCCCAGGGAUGCUGGAUCUCCAGUGUGGGACCCCAGGGAUGCUGGAUCUCCAGUGUGGGACCCCAGGGAUGCUGGAUCUCCAGUGUGGGACCCCAGGGAUGCUGGAUCUCCAGUGUGGGACCCCAGGGAUGCUGGAUCUCCAGUGUGGGACCCCAGGGAUGCUGGAUCUCCAGUGUGGGACCCCAGGGAUGCUGGAUCUCCUAUAUGGGACCCCAGGGAUGCUGGAUCUCCAUUGUGGGACCCCCAGGGACACCAGGUCUCUGGCACAGACCAUGAUGGGGUGA